AUGGAAUUAAUUUUGUUGCGUUCGGUGGAUCUCUCAGAGAGCCGUCAGCCUAACAUUUAUGCUUCUAUCACUAUUUGUUUCUUCUUUGCACUUGUCUGCGUGAUGCUUCGGUUCUGGUGCCGCCGAGUUAAGGGGUCGGGCCUUUGGCUCGAUGACUGGCUUAUUCUCGUCGCCCUUGGCUGCAGUUUUGGUUUGAUGGUCAACGAAUUAUGGUGGAUGCCCCGUGGCCUCGGAAGACACGUGUGGUCCUUUGGUCCCAAUGUCGUCGAAUAUUUCUAUAUCGGACUAUUCAUAGCCGAAUUGACUUAUACUGGUACUAUCAUUUUUGUCAAAUUUUCGGUUCUCGCCUUGUACUGGCGGCUCUUCCAAAAUACUAGCAUAAAAGUCCCUAUUGGCAUCAUAGCCUCAGCAGUUCUGAUGUGGGGUACUGCGGUUUUUUUCUUAACUCUUUUGCAAUGCAUCCCAACUCGCGGCUUUUGGGACAAGUCUAUAGAAGCAUCUUGCGAUGUAGAUAGUGCAAAGUUUCUCUUCGCUAUCUCCAUUCCAAACAUUGCCAUCGAUAUCACGCUUCUUGCACUACCCAUUCCAUAUGUGACCAAACUUAAUCUCUCCCGGAGUCAGAAAAGAAUCAUUAUUUCACUCUUUCUUUUGGGUGGAUUCGUUUGUAUUGCUUCAAUUAUGCGACUCGUUGCGGUUGUAACUCAGCCGUCUAACGAGGAUAUAACAUGGAAUAUCAUCAACCAAAGUAUAUGGGCUAGUGUUGAAGCCUACUUUGCUAUUAUUUCCGCAUGCCUUCCAACCAUGAGACCUGUCUGGCUAGUCGUCCGACAGAAGCGCUUCAUUGAUAUAACAUCAAAGCCAUCAUCGGGCCAAGCCAUCAUUAGAAGUCAGCCGCAGAAGCGGAUACGACACCUGUGGGGAACAUCUAUCCUCAAAUCCGGAACAGAUGAGGAAGACACCCGUCCAUUCUCAACCAUGAAUGUCUGUAUAGAAGAGUCCUCUCGUCAGGGUUCCACACGGGAGUUACAGCAAGCCGGGAAACUUGUAGGUAUUCCUUUAUCAAACUUGGAAGCUGUUAGAACACAAGUUCCGAAUUCUAUAAAGGUUGAGAAUAUCUGGGAAGUGCAAUAUAGCCAGGGAGGACGUCAUAGGGAUGACGCACGGUAA